CAGAGUGGUGUCAGUUCGGCACGUGUCCCCGACCAGCGCGCAGCCAAGUGUAUACCAGUGCCGCCCGCCCCGCCGCCGCCGCGUGUGUUGUGAGAUGUUCAUCUGAUAAGCGGGGACAUGAUCAUUUCUAAGGAUCUGUUUCUGCUAGGCGACCAGGACUAUUUGCGUCUCCCUAAAGACGAGAAGAGGACCAUGGUUCGUUCUGCCACCACGAAAAAUCAAAGAGUGGAAAGCGCGCUGCCAUGCCUGCCGUGUCUGCCUGCCCACCACCCGCACCUUCCUCAUCGUCCUCUGGAACUCGUCUUCCAAGGACUAACAGUGACCCUGGACAAGCGCCACAUCCUGCGGGAUGUUUCCGGUGUGGUCAAGCCCGGCCAGCUGCUCGCCGUCAUGGGUCCGUCCGGGUGCGGCAAGACCACCCUCCUCAACUGUCUGUCCGGUCGGGUCAAGCUUUCCGCCGGCAACAUCCGGCUCAACCGAGAACGGCUCAACAAACGCUGGAAGCGGAGGAUCUGCUACGUUCUCCAGCAGGACGUCUUCUUCCCGGACCUCACACUUCGUCAGACCUUAGAAUACGCCGCCCUGCUAAGACUGCCCGACUCCUUGUCACACUCGCAGAAGAUGCAGUACGUGGACCACAUCAUCGACGUGCUAGACCUCAGCUCCUGCCAGCACACCAUUAUCGGUGACUACCUGAAACGAGGGCUGUCGGGGGGAGAGAAGAAGAGAGCGAACAUUGCCUGUGAACUCCUCACGAACCCUGCCCUCAUGCUGUUAGACGAGCCAACGUCAGGGCUGGAUUCACAUUCGGCGUACAACCUGAUGUUGUGUCUUAAACGUUACGCGGAGAAAGAGGGAAAGACUGUGGUGGUGACAGUACACCAGCCAUCCUCGCAAAUAUUCCAUAUGUUCGACAAACUGCUGCUGCUCUGCAACGGACAGACUGCCUACUUUGGGGACGGAAACAAAGUUGUAGAGUUUUUCAACAACAUAGGACUGACGGUGAUGUCACACUACAACCCAGCUGACUUUAUACUGGAACAAGUUAAAGGCAGUGAGGAGAUGAAAGAGAAGAUAAUCACGGCGUCUCGAGAGAUGCGGUUACGGCCCGACUACCCUCCGGAGCUGAAACCUGACUACUUCAACCACUCUAUCUGUGAUAAAUACCUCAACAACUACCACGAAAACCAUGUGCACUCUAACGGACACUUAGUGAGUGGACAAUGUCACUGCCAAAGAGAAAUGUGGACCAAUGCGCAGAACUCGAUAGCCCGGCCAUCAACGGAUGUGUGUGUCGCCAUCGGGGAGACAACGGAGUCUCAAGGUCAUGUCUACACCACCGUUGCAGUGAAAGAGGAGGAAGGCAAGACGUUGUGGCUGGACAACCAGAGCCACGCAUCGUCGUCAGUUAGCAGUUCCGAUGAGGAUGUCAGCUGGCAGUGGCCCACCUGCUUCUGGACCCAGUUCAAGGUAUUGAGUCAACGCAACUUCCAAGAAGCUCGGCCCCGGAUGCUCUCCACUCUCAACUGGGUGCAGACCGUGGCACUGGGCUUAAUGGCAGGUUUACUCUGGUUCCGCCUGGAACGCACAGAAGAGUCUCUUCACGACAUCCAGGGCUGGAUGUUCUUCUCCACCACCUAUUGGAUGCUGUUCGCUCACUUCGGUGCUCUCUCCUCAUUCCCACCGGAGCGAGAGGUGAUAAACAAGGAACGCCAGUCCGGAGCAUACCGUCUGUCCGCCUACUACCUAGCUAAGAUGGUGGGGGAACUGCCCCUGACCAUCACCCUGCCUGCAGUUUAUCACAUUAUCUCUUACCCUAUGCUGGGCUUCCAGAGUCUUGAAGUCUUCCUCACCCUCCUUGGGUUCUUGCUGCUCAAUACCAUUGUUGCACAGAGUGUCGGUUUCUUUGUCGGAGCAUGCUGUAUGGACAUGCAGGUGUCGAUAACAAUCAGUGCCCUCUACACUCUGGCCACUCAGCUGUUCGGAGGUUACCUGGCCACCAACAUUCCACCCUGGCUCAAGUGGAUGCGAUACCUCAGCAUGGUGCACUACGCCUACCAGAACAUGCAGAUCGUAGAGUUCAGCGAUGGAGAAGGCAUACUAUGUGCACAGCAGUCCAAGUUCGAUGUGUGCGAAGAGACCGAGCACAUUCCUGUCUCAGCCAUUCUAGAGACUCAGGGUGUCAGUCUGCCAUUGUGGGCCAACACUCUGGUGCUUCUGGGCUUCCUAUUGGUGUUCCGCCUACUGGGGUACGUCGUGCUCCGCUAUUUCCGCCGGCCCAAGUGAGCGAAGUCACGUCACAUCCAGUUGCCUGCGGGGCUUUAGAUCAGUUCAGUGUUCAUUCGGAGAUACUCAGGAACGUUGAAAAAGUUAUUGUUUUAUUUUCAUAUAUGUGUAUUAUUUUAUGAUAUUCAUAAACUUGACUAUACUUUACUAUUUUAUAUGUUCAGACCAUUAGGCUAAUCUAAAUAACUUUACACUGCCAGAAUACAUCACACUAUAGCGGUGUUCUCGUUAUACUGUGGAAUAAAAGUUUCGUCGAUGUUGUAGAAAUCUAUGAAUAAAAAUGUACAAUGAUUUAUUAGAAGUAAUUUUAGUGAAAUGUAUUGUAACGCUAAAAGUCUGAAACUGUUCAUCGGAUGAUACAUAAGUUUUACUGAAAUUUGUUAAAUCCAUCCAUAAGUUAAAAGGUGGACUUUAUUGAUUGUAUUUGCUUACAUGUAUAAUUUUAAAAUGUUAAAGAACAAUAAUAUUUUAUAAUUUUAUUGUGUAAUGUUAAACGGGAAGUGAGUUGUAUAGAGCGAAGCAGAACGCAGUGAUGAGUCCCUUCUGAUGACGUUGGCUGUGUUUUGUACAGACUACAGGGACUCGAGGCGUUCCGUGUUCCAGCAUUCCUCCGAGUAACAACCGUCGGUCGAUCCCACCAUAGAGUGUCCCAGGCACAAAUAUCUAUAAGUCUUACAAUAAUAAAAUGUAUUCCUAAUGUAUAUUAAUGCAAUGUUCAUAUUAUACAAAUACCACUACAUAACUUAUCACUCAUUAGGUUAAUGAUGCUUUUGUGAUGCUGAUGUAUAUAAUAUCGUUCGUUACAUGGUGCCCCCUCGGGCCUCAAAUGUGAUUGUAGAAUUAGAUGACUGUUUUGUGUUUUGUUAUUCGACCGUAACUGAUUCGUCUACUGUAUAUUUUCAUAUCCUUGUACAAAACUUUUUAAGGGUGGAAAGGCCGGCUACAUUCGGCCAUUUCCUCAUUUUAUUUUUAAACUUAGAGUUUGUAAUUUAUUUUCUAGUAUAUACUUGCUGUGUGUAUGUUUUUUAUGACGCGAAGAGUGGACUCUGUAAAGAUAGGUCAUAGCAUUCCCCUCCUCGACCGUACACCCGUACUGUACCUAGUCCAAUCGAGAAGCAUUUUCGCUGACAUGAGCUAUUUAUAUUUAAUAAAUUGUUAUUGCGAUUCGUA